ACUUUCUAGCCGAGCAUGUGUCGCGUUUCGCGACGAAAUUUCGGAAACGCACGCUCACAAGUACGAGGGCACCAAGCGGUGAAAGCCCAUAUGGGUUCCACGCGCGAUGCGAAGUUUCGAGCCGACGGACUGCGCCGGAUUUUGCAACGUUUCGAUCCGUAUGUGCUGAUAGAAACCUCGGUUCCGCGCCGCGCGUCCGCCGUUAAAUACCGCCGCGUCGUCUCGACGUGUUUGAAACUCGCACAAAAGGGCGGAGAGGAGUCACGCAAUUAUUUGCGACGUUAAGAGGGGCGUAUUCUCGCACAUAUGGACACCCGCGAAACUCGUCGAUGUACGAUGGUGACCUCCCCGCGCGCUUUCACGGAUUUCAGAAUCGUUUCGUAUAAAAAAUUCACGCGGGAAAGUGGGCAAGGUGUUAAGAAUUGAAAGUUGCGGACCGCCGCGGGGAGAUCGUAGCUUUAUCCCGACCGUAAAACCGGCAUCUCGUUUACUCUUCCCCCCCCCCCCUCGAUGUAACUUCGCGGUUUACAUGUCGUUUGCAUUCGACAAACACAAAAGUCCACACGUCGGCACAAAGAGACGCGGCGCAGAAUGGAGAGCGGUUGAUUUCCUUGUGGAAGCGCUCGUUUUCCACGUAACUUUCCAUGUAACUAAUGAAGUAUUGCGUCGUCUUUUGUGCGUCCGACGUUUAAGCCGCCGCGUUCUCCGCGUACGCAAUAGAGCGCACGGCCCGCGAGCAAAUCCUAGAAAGUGUUCGAAUUCAUCAAAAGCCGCGCUUUCUAAAUGCCUGUAUCUCUCGGCAUCACAACUUUUUCUACCCGUUACCGUUUCGAUGCGAAUUGGGUGACCUUUGGCUCUCUCUCCUUCGGCCUUCACCUUUCCGCCAAUUGUUGCCCGCACCGCCCAGGUGCGUGUAUGCAUACGUUUGCAACGACGAGUUUCGGUUAACUUCGCGUUUAAUUGCUUCUCCGCGGAUACAGGCGAAUAAUAAAUCGAGCCUUGCGCAACAAAAUUUCCGUUUCAUGCCUUAAAAAAGGGAGAAUCAAGCGUGCCUUGAAAGUUGGUGGUUGUUAUUUAAAUAUGGAUUUAAAACGAUUCGCGCGGAGAGAAACAAGUUUCCCAGUGAAAUUCCGCUCGGUAACUCUUUAUGGGAACGGUUCCACACAAGCGGCACAAUAAAAUUAUACCGGUUAGUAAUCCCGCUCUCGAGAGGAAAUUCCAAUCGCAUGUUAUCGAGAUUCCGAAGCGAUGCGAUCGACCUUCCCAGACAGAUGCGCGGUUUCCGGUCGGUUUCGCGGCAUAAACAGUGGGAUAAGCGCUGCCGUGCUUUUUCACGCGGCGCCGCCGACGCCACAUUAUAUAACCAAUCAGUUUCGCAAAGUUCCGCGAAGUCUUUCGCUGUGUAUAUUAAUUCGUGAUACGAUUCACUCCCUCGUCUCCACACGCCGACACCAAUUAUCGCUCUUAUCGCGUAUUUGAUUGCAAUUGAUAACGAAAGCGCGUGUUACUUUCGUUGACUAUUGUUGACAUUACGAUCGGGCUCUCAUAGUCGCGGUGUUUUGUGUCGAGAUUUACGUGUGCGAGUGAUAUUAUACACUGUUAUCAACCUACGCUCCCAAAAAUAAUGAAGACACCGGAAGUAACGUAUCUCGUUUCUCUUUCUCACCCCGCUGACAGUGACGCUGCAUCGCGUGAACGAAUUAUCGGCCUUCCUCGCUUUGCCGCACACGAACGUUUAGACCGUACUUGGUAUCGAUUAGGAAUUUUAUUGUCGUCCGGCGCCCGCUAUUAGACGUCUCCUUAAAACGUCCACACACGUGUAUUUACGCAUUGUAUACAGACUCAAGUGCUUUUGUAAUAUUUCGCAAUAUUUCGCUCUCGCAUUCGAGAUGGUUGGGCGCGAGAAAUCAGAGACGCCGCCCGCUAAUCCUGUGCUCGCUUUGCAGGUGAAGCCCCAGCAUGGCCAGCAGAUGACUGUUAGCCGAGCCGGUGCUCGUACUGACUCUAAUAUGAGCGAAGUAGUGGCAGUGACGCCGACUGGUGGAUCUACGCGCCAGGAAAGCGUGACACACAUCAAGAGGCACAAACUGGCCAGCUGUAAUGUUCCUCUCGUACACGGCCGGCCGAAUCCGUCGAUCAGUCCACGCAGCAGACUGACCACGCAUCAACGAAACCAAAGUUUGGACUUCAGAUCAAUGGGCAUCAUACUACCGCCGGUAUCCCAGACGAACGCGACGACGUCGACGCACCAUCACAGGAACCGCAGCCUCGACUCCGCGCUGCAACGGAUCCCGGAAGUGGAUGUGACACCGAGCCCGGAAUGCGAGAAUCCGACGCCGGUCACUAAGACGGCCGUAUCGUCGGGGCCUUCCAAGGGGCGCAGUCGGGAACGAGAAGACCUAGCUAGUCUCGGUUCCGACGACUCCGGUAUCCUCUGCGGUUCCGACAGCGGUUCUAGCGACGCGACUAACGCCGCCACCCGCGAGUCUAGCGUGGACCAUUUGCACAGCCGCGAGAGUCUCGACUCGUCCGUAUCGCAGCCGGGCGACAUGUAUUCCGUGGACGCGGUGGACGGUGCGGAGAACAGUAGUGAUGUGUCGGUGCCGGUAUCGCCCGUGGAACUGUCCACGCGCCUCGCCGAUCAGUCGUCAGUGUCUCCCAAGGACGAAACGGCCGGCGAGCAUCAUCCCCGGUGCGACGACGCGAACGCUGAACGUUGCUCCCAAGAGCCGCGAUCGAACGUUACUCGAGAACGCAACGGUCACUGCGAUUAUCAGCAGCAGGAACGCGAGAUCGCUGCCUAUCACCAUUCGAGCGCCAUACAAGCGUCGCCGACGCUGGCCGACAAUACCCAGAGCGAGUUGGCCGGCGCGGCUAUGACUCUCUGCUGUGGCGCGACGACGCAGCAGGAAACCGAGACGGUGAAGAAACAGCAGCCGGAUGUCGUCCGCCGGCAGCAGCAGGAGACGAAACAGCCGAAACCGUCGGAGGGCUGUCUACUGCGGCUCUUUGAAAGUCAGAUAUUCGACAUGUCCAUGGCUAUCUCUUAUUUGUUCAAUUCCAAAGAACCCGGCGUGCAAAGUUAUCUAGGUAACAAGAUGUUUAGUUUCCCGGAUAACGAUGUGGACUUUUACUUACCACAAUUAGUUGUGAUGUAUAUACAACUUCACGAUGUAACGGAAGUCCUUUAUCCAUAUCUUGUCCAUAGGUGUAGACAGUCGGCAGAUUUUUCGUUAAAAUGUGCUUGGCUGCUGGAUGCGUACAGCUCCGAUGCUCAUUUGCCAUCAAAGAAGAAGUCUCAUGGGACCAAAUUAAAAAAUCUUAUCCUGUCAGAUGAACUCAGGCCAAAGGGGAAUGAGGGUCGAAAGCAACGUAUUGUUGGAUUGCAAGUUCCUGCGCCGCCACCAUUGCCCUUGACGCAAAACCUUACGUCUCCGAAUAAGAAAACCCACCAAAGAUCUCAGUCUGACGCUACUGGAUUGUUUCAGACUAUACGCCGUAGUCAUUCCGGUACAAUAAAUAAAGUAAGUCUUGGGGACCUGAGCUCUGGCCGAGCGUUUGACAACGGCUGUACCUGCUUCUAUUCCUGCCAAGGUGUGGUGAACGAUUUGCGAGGCCAAAAGACCGACUGUUUCUGUAAUGCACCCCGACUCGCGCCAGAACUUGAAUUCAUUCAGGCGUUAAUAUCAAUCGGCAAAUUGCUCGGUACCAUUCCGACGAAGGAAAGUAAAACUGUUCAAUUGGUGGCGGAGCUCAAUACGCUCAACUUGAAUCUCCCCGCGAGGGUGUGGCUUCCUUUGCACAGUACGAUACCGCAUCAUAUCGUGCGGGUUCCACCGCAGUACGCCGCCGUUCUCAACAGCAAGGACAAGGCACCCUACAUAAUAUACGUGGAAGUGUUAGAAGUGGAAGAUUUAUACACAUCGCCUGUGCCAACGAAAAUAAUGGGAAGCUCGCUGAGGCACACCAAGUCCGAAGAGAACUUGACAGGUGGUGAGCAAUCCAAUACAAUGGCAUCGUCCAACAACAUAUCUACUCCCGACAGUCAGCAGAACUCGACGGUGUUGUCGACGCUACGGCAGACCCCGGUGAAAAAUAUCUCGCCAUAUUCCAUUAGGAACACAGACGUGGCGUUUAGUUUUCCCGACGACGACCCGAACGACUGCUGGAGUCAGGAAGACGACGAGAUCACGCAGCAGUAUCUGCAGCUUCGCAAGCCGAAGGACCGGGACACCAUAUCGCAAUUGAGUCAAGACUCGUCUGACAGCAGGGAGCCGAUUUUCGUACCGGGCGACAUUAAGAGGCGAUUGAGCGAAAUGGCAGCUAUGCCCAGCGCGACGUUCAAUCACGAUCCCGAGGACCCGUCGGCGGCGGUCCUCAAGGAGCCGUGGGAGCAGAAGCAACGACGCAUCAGAGCUUCCAGUCCGUACGGGCACUUGGCGUCCUGGAGGUUGCUCGCGGUGAUCGUCAAGUGCGGCGACGAUCUCAGACAGGAACUUCUCGCCUCGCAAUUGCUCUCGAUGUUGCAAAAGAUCUGGCAGGACGAACAGGUGCCGCUCUGGGUGCGACCGUACAAAAUACUCUGCCUGUCCAACGACAGCGGUCUGAUCGAGCCGAUCCUGAACACAGUGUCGCUCCAUCAAGUGAAAAAGCAGUGCCAAUUGACGCUUUUCCAAUACUUUGAACGGGAGUUCGGUCCGUCUGCUUCGGAGACGUUCAGUGUGGCGCAGAAGAAUUUCAUUCAGAGUUGCGCAGCGUACUGUUUGGUCAGCUAUCUCAUUCAGGUGAAGGAUCGCCACAACGGUAACAUUCUGCUGCACAGCGACGGCCACCUCAUUCACAUAGACUUCGGUUUCAUCCUGUCGACGUCGCCUCGUAAUCUGGGUUUUGAGACCAGCCCGUUCAAACUGACGCCGGAGUUCGUCGAAGUGAUGGGCGGCAAUCAGUCCAAAAUGUUCGAGGAAUUUAAGAGUUUGAUUCUUCAGGGCUUGAUCGCGGCCCGCAAGCACAUGGAGAAGAUAGUAAACCUCGUCGAGAUCAUGUUGUCGGGCUCUCAACUUCCGUGCUUCCGCAGUGGUGGGGCAGCGACUGUUCAAGGUCUCAAGAAUAGGUUCCACCUCACGCUAACGGAAGAUCAAUUGCGUCGGCAUGUCGAAGAUUUGGUCGAAGGCAGCAUUCACUCGUGGUCCACUAAACUCUACGAUCGAUAUCAAUAUUUCGCAAACGGCACUCUUUAAUAUCAAGGCUAACCCUUUCUCUCUCUGUCUGUCGUGUCUCGGCUAAGACUUUUGCACCGACUCAGUGAAAAAUAUCUCUGACUUGAGACUUUUGCGAAAGUCGAAAGUAAAGACAUCGAUUCGGCAACGUGGUGUACUUCUUCCACAGUUUUUACAUAACACUUUUAUAACGGGGUUGACCAAUCGAUAGCGCACGUGCUGGAGUUUGCGCGCGUUCGUCUCAGUCUACCGCGUGAGUAAAUUUAUUCCGUGCUGCUCUAUAGUAAGCUACAAUAAUGAUGCGGCGCGAGGGAAUUUGCAUUUGAUCGGCAUAUGGCAUAAUUAAUGGUGAUUCCACGUUCAUUUUAAUUCAUGUUAAAGUUGUCUUCGCAGUUCUCUCUUGUUUGCCGCUUUAAAUUACCGUAUUCUAAAAGAGAAAGAAAGAAAGAGAGAGAGAGAGAGAGAGAGAGAGAGAGAGAGAGAGAGAGAGAGAGAGAGAGAGACUGCUUCCCUCGAUUUUUACAAUAUGUAAAUAAAAAUUAAUUUUACCGAUUGCGUCCAGUGAUUGCGCGAUAAUGGAAGAACAAUAAUAUUCUUCCUGGGCAUGCGUCAGCUGAUUUCGGUUGAGCAGCGCUGCUUUCUAGCAUUCCACAAGCACAAAUGACGUUUAAGGUGGGAAUACCGCUUUCCUCUUGAAUAUGUAAGAUAGCCUCGAUUAGGCUAGGUAUAGAAUUCGAAUAGAUUAUUCUUCUUUGAGUUUGACGUUAUUCCUUACUUUUGUGGCGGGUGAAACGAUAUGAAAUAUUUUUAGCCAAACUCAAGACGGUCUCGUGGCGUCUGAUGAACUAAACGCUAUGAUUAGUGAGAUGGGAGAUGAAGUGUUUCGAAUGAAAGAACAUGAAUCGGUUUAAGCGGUGAUGAGCCUCGUUGAAAGUUAAAAAUAUUUAUCGUCGUUUAAGGAGUUAGGAAAUGAAAGAAGGAAUAAUCUAUGGGCCUUUUGGUACCCAGUUGAUCACAUAUAUCCACUAUAUAUACAUAUAUAUAUAUAACGUUUUUUGUUCGAUACAUUAAGACUGCUGUUUACGUAUGCCUCGAUUGACAAAUUACGAAUUAGCUAUCGCCGGUGCAGACGUAGCGUCGUCUAUUGACUGAGCGUUGGACUGCUGAGUCGAGUGUAGCUUAUAAACAGCGUAAUUUGUUAAAGGUGCCUUAUUUGUGUAGAGAACGGUGAAGAUGAUCAAAUCUAGAUACACAGUGAAGUGGCGUGCACGUGGCAAUCUAAAACUGGAGCUGAUUGAUUGUGAAACGGACAAUCUGUAAUUUGUACAUAUAACAAAUUGAAUGAAAAACCGAAGCGAAAGAACGAAGAGAAAAAGUUGCGUGAACUUUCAUAGAUAAUUCGCGGCAAUAAUAAAUAACAAAAAAAAGUAGGACUUAUCCUGCUCUACAAGCAGUAGGACAAAAUCGAUGAAUCUCCAUAUUUCAAAGGAGAUUCCGAUGCGCGACUUUGGUGAGCGUACGAAUAAGAGCUACGUACAAAACCGGCUCGGAUAUUAGUGGGAGGUGAAUACUCAAAAUAUUUCCUACUUCGUAGAUCAUAAUAUACUCUUCGAUAAAUACAUCUAAUUGUACGCGGUAUAAGUUAAGGACAAGCAUUAUACAUAUAACGAAUCUUAAGCAGGUCGCAUUUGAAAAUUUUUACAUGUUCUUAUUACGU